AUGGAGCAAGUCGAGUUCCCGGCUCAGCUUCGUCACUGGCAAUAUUCUAUCAAUCAAGAGGGUGCCAGAUCUUUGGUAGAAGAUUUUACGUACUUACGGAGACCCAAGCGUGAAUCAUCCCCACUUGCUUUCUGGAUGUCUGCAUGUGAUGAGAAUGCACUGGAAGACGAACUACUUGAAUUUGCGUCUGCUAACUUCCGAGAGCGCAUUGGAAAGCCGGCUUCUACGGCAGCCUAA